AUGAAUAUAAUUGGGCGGAUUACGAGAAAAGUUGACCGUCCUGACACUGCGGCUAGCUCUUUUACACGGCAGCCCAUGGAUGCAUCAUCGAGUCAACGUCCCAACGGGCGCAGCGACUUCGAAGUUGCGAUAAUAUGCGCGCUCCGUCUCGAAUUCGACGCCGUAUGCCUCCUUAUCGAUGAGCUGUGGGACGAAGACGGCGAUCAGUACGGCAAAGUCGAAGGAGACCCGAACAUAUACACGACAGGUCGGAUGGGGAAGUGCAAUGUCGUCCUUGUCCUUCUGCCCAACAUGGGAAAAGCGAGCGCCGCCAGCGCAGCUGCAAGUCUUCGAUCGAGCUAUCCGCGAGUGUCGCUGGCCCUUUUGGUGGGCAUUUGCGGGGCGGUCCCAUUCGCAGGACCGGAAAGGGACCCCAUUGUCCUCGGCGACGUGAUUAUAAGCAACCUCGUGGUCCAGUAUGACCUUGGAAGAGCGCUUCCGGAUCGCUUCGUUCGCAAAGACACCGCCCAUGACAGUCUUGGAAGACCAAACAAGAUUAUUCGCAACAUCCUGGUCAAGCUUGAUACGGACAUCGACCGCGAACAUAUCGAGAAAUGGGCGGGUGACUUCCUCAAAGCUCUUCAGACAAAGAGCGAAGAAAAAGCCAAACGGAAGCGAAGAGGCAAGCAUACCAGCUACAAGUACCCAGGAUCAGCCAACGACCUCCUGUUCCAUGCCUGCUACCGACACAAGCAUGCUCCUGGUUCCGGGUGCAGAACGUGCGAAGACUGUCAUGGCAACGCGGAUCCCGCUUGCGAUGAGUCUCUUACGUUGUCAUGCAAAGAGCUGGAAUGUGAUACGAGCUGCGUGAUACGGAGGGAGCACUUGGAGUCAGCCUCAAACGACCCCAAUGCCGACUCGGAUUCCGAGGGUGUCUUCUUCUUCAUUGGUGCGAUUGGAUCUGGAGACAGCGUUAUUCGGUCUGGCGAGCACCGUGAUCAGAUCGCCAAGCAGGCCGGGGUUAUUGCUUUCGAGAUGGAAGGAGCAGGCGUAUGGGAUGAGGUGCCAUGCAUUGUGAUUAAAGGCGUGUGUGACUAUGCCGAUAGCCACAAAAACAAAGGAUGGCAGAAUUAUGCUGCGGCAACCGCGGCGUCGGUAGCGAAGGCGGUUAUGGAGAGGCCCGGGCGGUGGCCAGAUCAAUCAGCCGGCUGGAGGAGUAACCCUCACACCAGCGAUGGCGCAAAUUCCAUCCGCAUCUUUUGGACCGCUGAACCAGGGUCUCCAGGUGGGGCAGAGCUACGCACCGAUCAACGCGGAAUUCCACCUGCCGCCGGGUAA